CAUAUAGCAGAAGCAGCUGAGCACACGGUGCAUACAACACAAACACUCUUGAGGAAUUCCGUCCGUGCUGGCGCCAAAUCAAAUAGGAUUUCGGGUCCCGAUGCCGGUGUCGCCGACCUGCUGACCCUUUCGGCCGUCUCUCCCGCGGCAGCGCGAUGUGCGUGGGUCCCCUGAAGAGGAUCUGCCACUGGGGCCCUCUGGCAGCCCUGGCCAUCAUCAAGAGCAUCAUCUACAUGACGGUGUACUGCAGCCGCAUGUGGUGGCCGCCGGAGACGUCGGCCGGCGGCGCCCUCCAGCUCGGCCUCUUCCUCCUGCUCAGCGGACUCACCAUGUACAACUUUCUCAACGCAAUCUACGUGGGACCAGGCUAUCUGCCUCUCGGAUGGUGUCCAGACAAGGAGAGCGACGCAAAGUUCCUUCAAGAGUGCAAUGUGUGCGGCGGGUUCAAGGCGCCGAGAUCUCACCACUGCCGCAAGUGCAACCGCUGCGUCACCAAGAUGGACCACCACUGUCCGUGGAUCAACAACUGCGUCGGUCACCGCAACCACGGCCACUUUGCUGCAUUCCUCUUCUACGCCGUCCUCGGAUGCAUGCACGCCUCAAUUGUACUCAUCUGCACUCUCUAUCACGCACUGCACAGAGUGAGAUACGAAUAUUAUGGAAUCGGCUCAGGUCCCAUUAUCACUUUUACACUUUACGGCUUAGUUGGCUGUGUUUUCUGCCUCGGACUUUCCAUCGGCGUUGUUUUGGCUGUUGGAAUGCUUCUCUAUUUCCAGAUGAGAGCAAUAAUCCGCAACCAGACUGCCAUUGAAGACUGGAUCCUAGAGAAGGCAAAAUAUCGUCGAUUGCACAGCGGAAGCAAGAAGACACCCUUUGUUUAUCCUUACAAUUUGGGAAUUUGGCGAAAUUUCAGACAGGUGGUGACUCUGACCUGUGAGCCUUACGGUGACGGAAUCAAUUGGCCUGUUGUGGAAGGCUGCGACCAAUAUACAUUUACGGUAGAGCAACUGUUGCAAAAGCAGGAGAAACGUCAGCGCGCUCGCAAGUACGAGGUGAUCCGCUCGUACUCAGGGUCGUGGCUGCCGGUGACGCACGGCUUCUACACCUUCUUCUGUCCGCCGUACAGCGACGAGCCGCGGCUGCGGCUACGCCAGGGCAGCAUCGUGCUGGUCACCAGGUGGAAGAAGCACUGGCUCUUCGGCGAGCUCGAACUGCCCGCCGACAACGGCUUCAAGGAGAAGUGGCGGCUGCGCGGCUGGUUCCCGAGGAGCGUGGUCGUCGACCUGGUGGACGUUGUUGAUGACGACGAGGACAGUGAGGAGGAGCAGGAGCAGCAGGUCACGGCCAAGGAGAGGAAGAAGAGGAAGUGACGGUAGUGCAUAUACAUACAUGCCGCCACUCGCCGAAGCAUUUCAAUCUAGUCGUAAACGCGUGUUUGUGUCGGAAAAGUGUUGCUGCCCAUCCGAAACGGGUGAAUUUAUUCGUAUUUCAUUCCGUGUGACUUUGCUCUACUGCUAUCUCUUUAGUAUUCAAUUCAUUAUUUUGUUACGUUAUUUGUUUUUCUAAUAAAACGGCUUCAAUCUCCA